AGUCGAGUCUAGUUUCGAGCUUCUCUUUCUUUCUUUUUUUGAUGAUGAUGAUGAUGAUGAUGAUGAUGGCACCGAAUACCCGGAUGCCACGCGCAACGUUGUGUUUACAUCUAGUACGGAUAUACUUUUCAUUUACUUUGAAAGUGCCGGACCCGCCAGAGCUGCGAACUCUUAAUCCUCUGUAGCGGAGACGAUCUUUGACACCGGUGUCCAGGUCUGGGUUCCCUCCCUCGACGGAACCCGACGCGUCUGUUCGCGGAGGAACCAAAUGCGUGUUGCGGUGCAUGUUGUCGUUUAUUAACGUGUCACCCGGCGGACCUUAGUGGAUUUAAGGACACUGGCGCGUUGGUUAGCUAACUAGCUUACUGGACUACCUCGUAUGUUGGCCCCUCUCCCCAGGGGAGACCGGAAGUGCACCCUUCAGAAUAACAUGGGCCUCAAAGUAGCCGUGAGCUGCACCGUGUCCUACGUGCUGCUGGACUUGGUCGUCACCACCGUCCUGUAUGCACACGGAGCGCACUUGGCCGUGUUCAGAGAGGAGGCCCUGAACUUCAACGUCCUCCAGUCGACGUUGGACCUGUGGGGGACUGUGCUGCUCCGAGCCUCCCUCCUGCUGGGAGCCUCCGUAGGGGUCUCGUGGAAUAGACGGGACGGCCCGCCGAGGGUUGCCAAAGUCUCCCCCUUGGUCCUCUUUGUCUCCCUGAUCCUCAUCACCUACGCCCUGGCCAAGCUGCUGAUGCUGACCGAGCUGGAGCCCGCCACCCACCAGCCCUGGUCCCUCAGCCUGAUCUGUUGGACUUGCGCCUCCUCCCUGGGUGUCGUGCUGCUCUGGACGCUGCUGGGGAACCAGUCCAACAUCAUUCCCAUUGGUAGCAGCAGCAGAGGAGGAGAAGGGGGACGAGGGGGCUGUGAGGACACUGAACGGCUGGUGGAGACAGCUGGUGAGGAGGAGCAGGAGGUGGGCUGUGAGAGGAGGAAGAAGGAGGAGGAGGAGGAGGAUAAGGAGGAAGGGAGAAGCCACGAGAACAGCAGCUCUGGGGCGACACUGGGACGUCUGCUGGGCUACUGCAGGAAGGACAGCAGGCUGCUGUCCGUCGCCGUCCUCUUCCUCAUUAUCUCCGCCGUGUGCGAGGCCUUCAUACCGUACUACUACGGGAAAGCAAUAGACGGCAUCGUGGUUCACCAGAGCAUGGAGUACUUCGCUAAGCCGGUGGUCACGCUGUCGGUCCUGGCCUUAGCCAGUUCUCUCGCUAUGGGGGUACGCGGAGGAGUCUUCACCCUGAUGUUCGGCAAAUUGAACCUCCGGCUCAGGAACCAUCUCUUCAGAACUCUGAUGAGGCAGGAAAUCGCCUUCUUCGAUGACAACCACACAGGUGACAUCAUUUCACGGCUGUCGGCAGACACCACCCAGGUGAGCGACCUCAUCUCCGUGAACAUCAACAUCUUCAUGCGGAGCGUCAUCAAGGGCGUCGGCUUCUCCGCCUUCAUGCUCGGGAUGUCCUGGAAGCUCACGCUGGUGGCCGUCAUGGGCCUCCCUUUCAUCGGCCUCGUCUCCAAGUUUUAUGGCGAUUACUACAAGAAAUUGACAAAAGAGGUGCAAACAAUCCUCGCAGAGGCCAAUAAAGUGGCGGAGGAGACCAUCUCGGCCAUGAGGACGGUGCGGAGCUUCGCCAACGAGGGCGGGGAGGCCGACUCCUACUACGCCAAGCUCUUGGUCAUGUUCCAGCUCAACAAAAAACAAGCCCUGGCCUACUCUGGCUACGCGUGGUCCAGCUCGAUCUCAGAGCUUGCUUUGGAGGUUGCCAUCCUCUACUAUGGCGGCCAUCUUGUCGUCACCGGUCAGAUGAGUGGUGGUACCUUGAUAUCUUUUUUCAUCUACAUGCUCGAACUGGGAGAAUGUCUGGAGAGCAUUGCGUCGGUGUACACGGGCCUCAUGCAGGGAGUUGGGGCUGCCGAGAAGGUUUUCGAGUACCUCGACAGGAAACCCAAACACCCGGCAGAGGGCACGGAGGCUCCGGACACGUGUGCCGGUGUGGUUGAGUUUCAAGACAUCACGUUCGCCUACCCGACGCGCCCCGACGUUGAUAUUCUCAAGGGGGUGUCGUUCACUCUGCGGCCCGGGGAGGUCACCGCCCUCGUGGGACCUUCGGGCAGCGGGAAGAGCUCCUGUGUGAGUCUGCUGGAGAACUUCUACCUUCCCCAGAAAGGCCAAGUGCUGCUGGACGGGAAGCCCGUUCACGCCUUCCGCCACGACUACCUCCACUCCAAGGUAGGCCUUGUGGGCCAAGAGCCUGUGCUGUUUGCCCGGACGUUGGAGGAGAACAUCACCUACGGCCUGACUGGCGUGCCCAGGGAAGCUGUGGUGCAGGCUGCCAUCAAGGCCAAUGCUCACGAUUUCAUCUCCGGCCUGCCUACAGGCUACGAGACAAGUGUUGGAGAGAAAGGCACCCAGUUGUCCGGUGGGCAGAAACAACGGGUGGCCAUUGCGAGAGCUCUCAUCCGCAGCCCCCGAGUUCUCAUCCUGGACGAGGCGACCAGCGCCCUGGAUGCGGAGAGCGAACACGUCGUCCAGACGGCUCUGAACGGCAUCAUGCGGGAGCACACGGUGUUGGUGGUCGCCCAUCGGCUCAGCACGGUGGAGAGGGCGGACAACAUUGUCGUGAUCGACAGGGGCCGCGUGGCCGAGCAGGGGUCUCACACUCAGCUGAUGGCUGCCGGGGGGCUCUACUGCAAGCUGGUGCAGAGGCAGGUCCUGGGCAUCGAGACGGGGGCGGAGGUCCUCAACCCGGCCGAAGGAGUCGGCGGACGGCCGCGGAGAAGACAAAGCAGCAGCAGCAGCGGCGGAGGAGGAGGAGGAGGAGGAGGAGGAGGCGAGCCUGAAUGCAAUAUGAAUUACUGAGAAUGGACUGCUGCAUGAGUUUCAUAGAAGUUUGGGAUUCUAUGGGAUUUUGGGAAGUUUGGGAUUCAUGUGUAUGAAUUAAUUAUGCACUGUUGGUCCUGAAACUAAAUGUACAGUACGGAGCACUGAAAAAUACAAACUAAUUGGCAUUUUGAAGAAAAAAAAGAUAGUUGAGUGUAUGAAAAGAUAUUAUAUAUUGAGGGAUGGCAUUGCCACUGGAAAUACAACUUGAAUGAAUGUCCACUGUCGCUAACUGAUACAUCAGCUUUAAUAGGAGGCAAUAUGUUGCUGUUGAAUACUGUGCAAUGCUGCUUGUUCUUUUUACAACGUCAUUACAAUCCAGACAGAUACAUUAUUGUUUUACUGAAGUCUUCCUCAGGAUCUGUUUAGCUUUUAAACAGAUUUGACAGUGGCCUUUGUCUGUUGAAUUGAAAAUUCACUCCAGAGAUAUGUGAUGUGUCUGUCAUUGGGAUCUGGAAAUAAACUGCACGUUGGCCUUUAUGUAAACAAACAUGUUUAAAUAACACUAAGUGCUGCAUUCAAUGUCUCCUCGUAAACGCCCCCACCCCCAAUCAGAUAUCGGUCGUUUGUUGUUUUGUCACUGCACAAUGCAGAUGAAGUAGUCCGUGAGCUGAGGGUUUUAUUGUAUCUGAAUAAAGAAGAAAACAA